AUGGGGAGGGCCGGCGCCGCGGCCAAUGGCACCCCGCAGAACGUCCAGGGCAUCACCUCCUACCAGCAGCGAAUAACUGCACAGCAUCCUCUGCCCAACCAAUCAGAAUGUAGGAAAAUCUACAGAUAUGACGGAAUCUACUGUGAAUCUACCUACCAGAAUUUACAAGCUUUGCGAAAGGAGAAAUCCCGAGAUGCUGCUCGAUCCCGCCGGGGAAAAGAAAAUUUUGAGUUCUAUGAAUUGGCCAAGUUGUUGCCGCUUCCUGCAGCCAUCACCAGCCAGCUUGACAAGGCUUCCAUCAUUAGACUUACAAUUAGCUAUCUGAAAAUGAGGGACUUUGCUAACCAAGGGGACCCUCCUUGGAACUUGAGAAUGGAAGGCCCUCCACCUAACACAUCAGUAAAAGGUGCACAACGAAGGAGAAGUCCCAGUGCACUAGCCAUUGAAGUAUUUGAAGCACAUUUGGGAAGUCACAUUUUACAGUCCCUGGAUGGAUUUGUAUUUGCACUAAAUCAAGAAGGAAAAUUUUUGUACAUUUCCGAAACAGUCUCCAUCUACCUAGGCCUCUCACAAGUGGAGCUGACAGGAAGCAGUGUUUUUGACUAUGUGCACCCUGGGGACCACGUGGAGAUGGCAGAGCAGCUGGGCAUGAAGCUCCCACCUGGGCGAGGUCUGCUCUCACAGGGCACCGCUGAGGAUGGAGCCAGCUCAGCAUCUUCCUCCUCUCAGUCAGAGACCCCCGAGCCAGUGGAGUCAACGAGCCCCAGUCUGCUCACCACUGACAACACCCUUGAGCGUUCCUUUUUCAUCCGAAUGAAAUCUACUCUGACCAAACGCGGUGUGCACAUCAAAUCAUCAGGAUAUAAGGUGAUUCACAUUACAGGCCGACUCCGCCUGAGAGUGUCCCUCUCCCACGGGAGGACUGUCCCCAGCCAAAUCAUGGGUCUUGUGGUUGUGGCUCAUGCCCUGCCUCCCCCUACAAUCAACGAAGUCAGAAUCGACUGCCAUAUGUUCGUCACACGAGUAAAUAUGGACCUCAAUAUCAUUUACUGUGAAAAUAGGAUUAGUGAUUAUAUGGAUCUAACCCCUGUAGACAUUGUAGGGAAGAGAUGCUACCACUUUAUCCAUGCCGAAGACGUCGAAGGCAUCAGGCACAGUCACUUGGACCUGCUGAAUAAGGGUCAGUGUGUGACGAAGUAUUAUCGUUGGAUGCAGAAGAAUGGAGGAUAUAUUUGGAUACAGUCUAGUGCUACCAUAGCUAUUAAUGCCAAGAAUGCAAACGAGAAGAAUAUCAUCUGGGUGAAUUAUCUUCUUAGUAACCCUGAGUACAAGGACACCCCAAUGGACAUCGCACAGCUCCCACAUCUGCCAGAGAAAACAUCAGAAUCCUCAGAGACCUCUGACUCAGAAUCAGACUCGAAAGACACCUCAGGUAUUACAGAGGACAAUGAGAACUCCAAGUCUGAUGAAAAAGGUAACCAGUCUGAGAACAGCGAGGACCCAGAGCCAGACCGGAAGAAGUCUGGCAACGCGUGCGACAACGACAUGAACUGCAACGACGAUGGCCACAGCUCCAGCAACCCCGACAGCCGCGACAGCGACGACAGCUUCGAGCACUCGGACUUUGAGAACCCCAAGGCGUCCGAGGACGGCUUCAGCGGCCUGGGCCCCAUGCAGAUCAAGGUGGAGCGCUACGUGGAGAGCGAGUCGGACCUGCGGCUGCAGAACUGCGAGUCUCUCACGUCCGACAGCGCCAAGGACUCGGACAGCGCGGGCGAGGCGGGCGCACAGGCCUCCAGCAAGCACCAGAAGCGCAAGAAGAGGCGGAAACGGCAGAAAGGGGGCAGCGCCAGCCGCCGCCGGCUAUCCAGCGCCUCGAGCCCCGGCGGCCUGGAUGCGGGCCUGGUGGAGCCCCCGCGGCUGCUGUCGUCCCCCAACAGUGCCUCAGUGCUCAAGAUCAAGACGGAGAUCUCGGAACCCAUCAACUUCGACAAUGACAGCAGUAUCUGGAACUACCCGCCCAACCGGGAAAUCUCCAGGAACGAGUCUCCCUACAGCAUGACCAAGCCCCCCAGCUCCGAGCACUUCCCGUCCCCCCAGGGCAGCGGCGGCAGCGGCGGUGGGCUGCACGUGGCCAUCCCGGAUUCGGUCCUCACGCCACCGGGCACCGAUGGCGCAGCUGCGCGCAAGACUCAGUUCAGCUCCUCGGCCACCUCGGCCUUGGCGCCGGUCGCCACUGAUCCGCUGUCGCCCCCACUGUCGGCCUCCCCACGGGACAAGCACCCCGGGGGCAGCGGCGGCAGCGCGAGUGGCCCCAGCGCGUCCAACUCCUUGCUGUACACUGGGGACCUGGAGGCCCUGCAGAGGCUGCAGGCAGGCAACGUUGUGCUCCCGCUGGUGCACAGGGUGACAGGGACCCUGGCCGCCACCAGCACAGCCGCGCAGAGGGUCUACACUACAGGCACCAUACGCUACGCGCCGGCCGAGGUGACCCUGGCCAUGCAGGGCAACCUGCUGCCCAAUGCGCACGCUGUUAACUUCGUGGACGUUAACAGCCCGGGCUUUGGCCUCGACCCCAAGACGCCCAUGGAGAUGCUCUACCACCACGUGCACCGGCUCAACAUGUCAGGACCCUUUGGCAGCGCCGUGAGCGCAGCCAGCCUGACGCAGAUGCCCGCAGGCAACGUGUUCACCACGGCCGAGGGACUCUUCUCCACGCUGCCCUUCCCCGUCUACAGCAAUGGCAUCCAUGCGACACAGACUCUGGAGCGCAAGGAAGACUGAGGCCUGUGCGCAAAGCGCAGCGCGCAGUGGCAUCGUCAUGCUCGUGCUCUUCGGCGUGCUCGCCAUGACCUUUAACCCUAGCACUUUGAAUUCGAGCAGGUCAGCGUCUACUCUCCACACAACGGUCCCCACUCCCAUCCCCCUUUCCUUUCACUUGACGUCUUCUUUUGUGUAAAGAUAUGUUUAUUUUUUGCCUCCAGAGGGUCAGAUGACCAGUUGCCUGCCAUUUUGUCUUCUUCCAAGAUGUGUGUUGGGUUGGGCUGUUUUCUUCCCCCUCUUUCCUUUGCAUCUUUAUUAAGAUGUCUUUAAUGUGUAUAUGCCUCUGCCAUAGAAUACUCAGUCUUGUGGUCAAGAGAUUUUUUUUUCCCCAAGUGACAACCAUUGGGGGUUUUUUUCCUUCAUCAAGAUCUUGAUAUGAUCAAGAUUGAAAGAGACAAGUAUAAACAAUGUGCCCUGUUUGACUAAGUCAAAUGAAAUGGGGUGGUGUUUUGGUUUUGUUCCUAAUUACUUUAAAAAAAUUUAAAAAAAAUAGGGGGAUAGUAUUUUAGAAUUUUAUGCAGAAUUUAAUUCUCUUUUUAUGGUUAAGAUUUUAAGAUUUUCUUACUUGCACAUAAAAAUAAUUUGGGUUCUUAAACUUAAUUUCUGGCCUGUGACUAGAAUGUUUAAAAACACACAAAAAAAGUUGGACUAAAUGUUAAUUACUGAAACAUUAACUUAAUUUCUAAAACCAUGGUGCUAUCAUUUAUUAAUCUGUAAUGUCUUCAUACAAAAUGCAGCUCCCAGGCUGGGUUUUGGAAAAGAAUGUGUCCUGUCCUGGUCUGGAGUCCAUUGCUGCAGUCUCCUUGGUUAGUUAAGACAAAGCCCUCAUUAACGUUUGCUGCAGGACUUAAGAUUUUUUACCUCCCAACUAACAAACAUAGCCUCACAUUAAAUUUAAUGGGUCAGCCAAGCCCUUUUUAAAAGGGCUUUUGGAAAACUCAAACUGAUUUGAGGAGCAGUUUAGGUACAUACUGCCUUUUGUUGAGCUUUUUUUUUUUCUUUUUUCUUUUACUCAGUCUAACUGAGGCUAAUUUUGCAACUUCAGUAACACUUCAGAGCAAAAGAAGGAAAACUGUUUAACAUGUUUUGUGCAGGGUUUUUUGGGUUUCUUGCUUAAAAAAAAACAAAACACAAAAAGGAAGGUUGUAUUUUGGGGGGACUGAUUUGAUUUUCUUUUUCCCUUUGGUUCUCUUAUUUCUAGGUUGAAACCAAUAAGUUUUAAAACUAAAGAAUGGGUUAAUAAGCUUCAAAUAGAUAACUGCAACUGAAAACUGCACAUUAAGUAAAAAAGAAAAAAUAAAAAGGAAAAAAAAAUCCUAUUUUGUCUUUGUUGCCAGAAAUCAGUGUAGUGUCAAACACUCCAAAUGACUGUCAAGUAUAAAUUCUUCCUCUCCAUUUUUGGCAGCUGUUUGUUAAGGCAUCUAAUAACAGAUGUGAAAACUGUAAUGUGUACAAUGUGUACGUGUCCUUGGCUGUCAGUCCCAUUGCAGUUUCAAUGUGUGUUUCUAUAUGCAGUAUAUACUAAGCUAAUGUAGUUGUUUUGUCUUUUGUCUUCUCUGUGCUCUAUCUCUAGUCUGGAGUGGUACAGUCCCACUCCUGCAGUCCUAGUGAAUCAGUGAUACUUGGGGAUUAGUGGUUUUUGUGUGGUGGCCUUCCUCUGUAAUGUCACCCUAUGCUGCUUCUACUGUCUGUGAAUCUUCUGUUUUACUUUGGAAAAUUCCUGCUGUUGCUUUGCUGGUGUAUAUUCUCCCUACCUCUCCUUUCGCUCUCUCCCUUUCAAGUCUUCCCUUUCCCUCCUCUUCUUUCCUUCCUCUCGAAAAUCUUUUACAUUCUCAGAGAUAUAAAGACUCUUAACUAGCUCAAGGUUAAUGGAGCCAUUUUUUUUCACAAUGGAAUUCUGGGUAUGACUCUCUCUCUUGUGGAGUGCAACACAAAGCACUGAAGAAUAAUGCUCAGAACUAUUCAAUAAAAUGAUGCCAUAUAGCCUCAGUUGUUAACAUUCCCAGAGUCCCUUGUGCUCUACCUAUAAGCAGUGGGUGCUUUUCUUUGGUUUCCUUCCAGGUUGGCUGAUGGAGCAAUAUAUACAGCAAUUACUAGUGAGACAGAAAAUUAUUUCAAAGGUCAACCAACAUUUUUUUUAAAAAGGGGAGGGGGGAUGGAAUAUAGAAUUGUCAUAUAUUUGUUUAUGUGUGCAAAUGCUAAAUAUAGUAAAUGGCUGUCCUUUGAAUAUCACUGUGUUGAGUGGAUUCCUCUAGGACCUUUGAAUUCUAGGAGUUGGACCCAGACUACGGUGGAAUAAUAAGAAAUGCCACAAAUUUGAACAGUGAGCCUUCUUGAAGGAUUUAAGUAAGUUUAAAAGGUGAAGAAGGCCAGUAGAGAAAUUUAAAGAUUCAUUUUGGAAGCUCUACUCUAGCUAUCGAACAAUCAAAGGAAUGCACCUAUCAGCUACUAAGAACAGCUAGACAGCUGUUAGUUCUUUUUCUUUUAUAAAUGUUUCUGUGUUGUGUCAAAAUGAUUUCUGGUGAUUUAAACUAACAGAUAAUCACAGCUGCUGUCUAAAUCCAUAGUGUUUAAAAUUAUAAAAUGGAAAAACCCACAAAAAAAAACCCAAUUCAUUACCUGUGAAGACUGUGUGUGUGUGUGUUUUUAACGAUUUCUUGUACAAAUAUAUGAAAACUUUUAUGAGGAGACUGGUGCCAAGUAGCUGAAUAAUGGGGAAAGGGAUAUUCUGUUCGUAAAAAUCUUAGCAGUGUUACCAACUCUACAACAUAUAAAAAAAAAAUUAAAAUGUUACAAAGCGACAGCUAUGGUACAUUUGUUUUGUGUGAAGCUAACCGGACCUAACUCCCUGAGUGCCUGGCUUAUUUUGAAACAUUUCUUUUCAUUGACCAUUGAUAAUGCUGCAAAUCAGAAAUGUACAUACUUCAUUUACAACAGGGUUCUUUUUAUACUUUUGUAGAUUCUCAUACAUGUCACAUACAUGGUUGUCUUUAUGUAACUUAAUUUUUCAUCCGCAGGUGCCAUUUUCAUAAUAAACUUCUCUUGGAUUUGUUACUA